UGCCGUGUCUAACAAAACGAUCUUUACCAAACCCCAUAAGCCACUACAAGAUACUUUAAUAUACUUGAUCAUGAUGAUUUGAGCCCUAGUGUGAGUCUAGACUUUGGUAAAAUGACUGAUGAAAGGAACAUCACCCUGACAGAUGUUGGUGAAGAGAUAUCUACCAGUCUUUCUGCUGGAGUCACUUUUCUCACCUCUGGAAACACAAAGAGAGCUUUGGCUCACCUUAACCUGGCUGCUGAGAUUGCCAGUGGCCUUGGAGUGAGCACACCUGGAGUGGAUGCUAGUGGAUUGGACUUAAGUGCCACAGAGAAGAGACGGCUCUCAAUCACAGACCCAAACUUGCUUCAAUUGUGUGCCAAUGUGUACUACUAUCAAGCCGUAGCUUUGCAGCUGUUGAGAGGCUAUUCUGAGUCCAUCAAGUGCUAUAAACUGUGUGUGAAUCUUUCCUUGAAGACACAGAAUCAUCAUUUUGCAGCCAUGUGUUUUGUAGGUUUGGCCGAAUGCUAUCAAGAACUCGGUGAUGUGAGUAAUGAAAUUCGAAGCUGGGAGAGUGCGCGGCAUUUGUACAAAGACAUGGGAGAUGCUGGGAAUGAGGCAUUGGUGUGUGCUGGACUGGCUAGGGCUUAUCUGAGCACUGGACAGGGAGAGAUGUGUCUGCAGUACAUUCGGGAGUCGAUACAUCUUUGUCAGAUGGUUCCCAACAAGCACAGCCAAGGAGAGUUGCUGUUUGAGUAUGGUUGGAUCUACUCAAGGAUGAGAAUGUUUGAGGAAGCUCUGGUCUACUUGAAGCAAGCCCUAACUUUGCUGGAUAGGGACAGACGAUUGACUGCCUCUAUAUUGCAGAACAUUGGAGCAGUGUACAAUGAGAUGGAGCUGUUCCCAGAAGCACUGGACUAUCACCAACAGGCAGCUGAUCAGUAUGAGAAGCUCCACAAUAAAGCCUCUUCUCAGUGCAAGUGUUUGUGCAACCUAGCCUUUGCCCAGUCUCAGUUGGGAGAUUUUCCCAAUGCCAUCAAAAGCUACUCGAAGGCCCUCUCUAAAGCACGUAACACUAAUGACAGCUACCUCGUGUUUCAAGCCAGUGAAGGAUUGGGAGCUGUUUAUUUUUCAAUGAGACGACACACCGAAGCAGACACAUUUUUUAACCAAGCUCUGUCUUCUUUGGACUGUAUCGAGAGUGACACGGGUCUAGCUCGAGAGAGAGUGAUGGAGAAAUUAUCGUGUGUUGUCGAGGCUAUAAAGAAAGAAUCGACUCAAGACAAAGUUUUAUUUAAAGAGCCCAAACGUGUCAAAAGAUUGGACAGUAUUGAUGCUGAUUUGACGGCCUACAUGACUAGUUAUAGAAGAACAUCAUCGAGCGAUAAUAUAUCUACAUGUAUGGAAAUGACAACUCCACCACAUAUUCCGUUGCAGGUUAGAGAAGGAAGUCUGGCGUUGGGACCAAAGACGAGGGAACUGUUCACUACAGUCAGACUGCCUGAGGGGGACUCUAGUAAAACAAAAAUUGUGUCAGUAGAUGAGGUUCAAAAUCAUCAUCCUACUUCCAUUCAUAGUAGCAAUACUGCGUCCACUGUCUGCACUGUUCUAUGAUUUUCUACUUCCUAAUUCCCUAUCAUGUGAAAAAAGUUAAUCUU